AUGACCGUCACGUACACAGCCCGCGUGGCGAACGCGCGCUUCGGCGGCUUCUCGAAGUUGUUGCUGCUGUGGCGCGGGAGCAUCUACAAACUUCUGUGGCGCGAGCUGCUCUGUUUCCUCGGGCUCUACAUGGCGCUGAGUGCCGCCUAUCGCUUCGUGCUGACUGAAGAACAGAAGCGCUACUUCGAGAAGCUCGUCAUUUACUGUGACCAGUAUGCCAGUCUCAUCCCGGUCUCUUUCGUGCUGGGUUUCUAUGUGACGCUGGUGGUGCACCGCUGGUGGAACCAGUACCUAUGCAUGCCGCUGCCCGACGCGCUCAUGUGCGUGGUGGCAGGCACAGUGCACGGCCGCGACGAGCGAGGCCGCCUCUACCGGCGCACGCUCAUGCGCUACGCCGGGCUCUCAGCCGUGCUUAUCCUGCGCUCGGUCAGCACCGCGGUCUUCAAGCGCUUCCCCACCAUAGACCACGUGGUGGAGGCGGGGUUUAUGACCCGCGAGGAGCGCAAGAAGUUCGAGAACUUGAACUCGUCCUACAACAAGUACUGGGUGCCCUGCGUCUGGUUCUCCAACCUGGCUGCGCAGGCCCGGCGCGAGGGCCGCAUCCGCGACAACAGCGCCCUUAAACUGCUGCUGGAGGAGCUGACUGUGUUUCGGGGCAAGUGUGGGAUGCUCUUUCACUACGACUGGAUCAGCGUACCCCUUGUCUAUACCCAGGUGGUGACCAUCGCUGUGUACAGCUACUUCCUGGCCUGCCUCAUCGGUCGCCAGUUCCUGGACCCGGCUCAGGGCUACCAGGGUCACAACCUGGACCUGUGCGUCCCCAUCUUCACCCUGCUACAGUUCUUCUUCUAUGCCGGCUGGCUCAAGGUAGCCGAGCAGCUCAUCAAUCCUUUCGGUGAGGACGACGAUGACUUUGAGACCAACUUUCUGAUCGACCGCAACUUCCAGGUGUCAAUGCUGGCCGUGGACGAGAUGUACGACGACCUGGCCAUGCUGGAGAAGGAUUUGUACUGGGACGCAGCCGAGGCUCGAGCUCCCUAUACUGCAGCCACCGCGUUCCUGCUGCAACAGCCCUCCUUCCAGGGCUCCACCUUUGAUAUCACGCUGGCCAAAGAGGACAUGCAGUUCCAAAGGCUGGACGGCGUCGACGCGCCGCUGGGCGAGGCACAUGGUGACUUUUUGCAGCGCCUCCUGCCGGUAGGUGCGGGCAUGGCCGCAGGAGGCCUGCUGGGCCGGCGCCUGUCCUUGCUGCGCCGCAAGAACAGCUGCGUGUCGGAAACGUCCACGGCCGCCAGCUGCGCGUGCGCAGGCGCCCCCGACGGCGCGGCCCCGGAAUGCGGUUGCGGGGACCCGCUGCUCGACACCGGCUUGCGGGAGCCGGAGUCGGAGUUCCCCCCUGGCCCGGAACUGCCCAUCCCCGGGCCCGCCGAGCCCUUCACCACUGUGCCUAUGCCGGCGCCCCGGGGACCGGCUCCACCCUGGCUGCCCAGCCCCAUUGGCGAGGAGGAGGAGAGUCUAGCCUGA